AUGGACCCUAUCAUGGAUAUCCAGACGGCUCAGAACCAUAAUGUGGUCAGGUUUCUCGAUCACCAGGAAGGCCGUGUCCGUCUCGAAAUCGAGGAAUUCCUUGGAGACGACUACAUGACCAAUUUGUUCCUCCUGGCUUUGGAAGCCAUGCAUCAGGAAGCAAUGGAGCCGGAAGACAAGCAAAACUGGUGGACGGCCUACAGUUUAGGAGGAAUCCAUGGAUCUCCCAAAGAAAAAUGGAAUGGGGUCGAACCCAGCGCGGCAGACCCAGUAGUCUCUCCAUAUGGGUACUGCACGCAUGGCAUGCUCAUGUUCCCGACCUGGCACCGUGUCUACAUUGGAAUGUUCGAGCAAGCCGUUGCAAACAAGGUCCGGGACAUUGCAAAGAGCUUCGGGGACGACGAGGGCCGCCUCUCGUACCUGAGUGCAGCGGAUCGAUUUCGGUUGCCGUACUGGGAUCCUACACUGCCCCGAAACAAGAUCAAUGAUAUGAACGAGACAUUCAGUGACGAGAUUUGGGGGUUUCCCUUGAUCUUUCGCCAGCGCAAGGUAUGGGUAAAGAGGCCCCAAAGUAAGAUGGCCGCGCAGAUCCACAACCCGCUGUUCAGCUUUGCACUGCCUGAUGCGGAUCUUCUCAGCGCGAACGGCCGGCCAAUUUUGGAAGCAUACGAAUACAUGCCAAAGGAUGGCCUCCUCGGAACUAUCAGAUGUCCCGAUGAGCAUGGAUAUCCCAGCUUGCACACUAAUGACUACCCUGCGGCUCCCACGGGUGCGAAUGAGGUAAUCCCCGAUGCACCAAUCGACAAGAGUGGCCGGAUCAACCUCGACCUCAAGGUCCAGCGACAGGCAAGGUCACUGAGCACAAAGCUGUGGAAUCUGCUCAGCCCUCAUGGGAAUUACGGGGGGAACAAGCAGCGGGAAUGGUCGGCCUUUGCCUCUCACUUUAAGUACAAAAGCGACGGUACCAUUAUGACGGAACCGUUCAAAGGCCUGCCGAAGGAGAUGGAAGAGUACCUCAAACGUGAGAGGGGUGAGAAAGCGAAGCCAGGAGAUAAAGUCCCUAUCUUCGAGGACUCCGGUGUCUCCUUGGAAAGUUGGCACGAUGCUAUUCAUCUGCUGGUUGGAUGUGGCAAUAAGGUGGCUGGCCACAUGGGCCUCCCUUCGCAUGCUGCCUUUGAUCCCAUCUUUUGGCUGCAUCAUAAUAACAUCGAUCGUAUCUUUGCCAUCUAUCAAGCCCUGUACCCGGAGAAGUGGUUUCCUUCAAAUGGUACCCAGCGGGCCGAUGACGCCUUAUUUCCAUUCCGGAAAACCUUGGGCAAUGAUAAAGAGAAUUUCUGGAAUUCUGACCAAGUGCGCAAUUGGGAGAGGCUUGGGUUUGCUGUUCCAGGUGAUAGCCAGCAACUGAAUGAAAAUGCCUUGGAGAGUCUCCACCGCUACCUGUUCGACUAUUAUGGAUGGAGCGCCGAAGGCGUUAACCCCCCGAAAGCCGUUUGUGAACUAUGGCCCAAGGAUCUUAGCUCAUCAUUUGCCCUGAAGGGUCCGAAAAAUGUCAAGAGCGUUGAAAAGCCCAUCUUGGUGUAUGAGGCCCUUGUGGGAACCAAACUGGUGACCCGCACAAUCGACCUAACCACCGCCGUCCAUGGCCAGAAGCUGAAGGUGACCGAUAAGGAUCGCACGAUCGCAAUUGAUUCCAGGCCCGACCACGAGUUGAUCGUUGAUUACAAUAGCGCCAUAUUGUCGACUCAAGAUGGGAAGCGAUUCAUUUGGAAUGCACAGCUUAGCGUGCGCAAGUUUGCCUUUAAUGGUUCCUUCAAUAUUCACCUAUUCAUCGGAGAGGUCAAGGAUCACCAGCCCGAGAGAUGGUUGACCAAGAAGAACGAAGUUGGCUUCUCUGCUGUUUUUGCCAGCACCCUCGACGCACCCUGCACGAACUGUCGCAAGCAGGCAGCCAAGGGCGCCGUCUAUAUCGACGCCAUCCCCAUCACCCCCGCUUUGGCUGCCUAUCACAAGGACAACAUCAGCACCCAGGAUUGUAUCCCAGCUGAGUUGAGAGUCCUUGACAAUUUCUCAGUCGACGAGGUCAAGGGCUUCCUAGAGAAGAACCUCUCCUGGCGGCUGACAAGAGCCAACUCCGAGGAGAUCACGGACGAGCAGGAGAUUCUCGACAGUGAACUGACUAUCUGCGUGGGCUACCGCGAAUAUAAAGUUCCCACGGACAAAAAUCCCUUUGGUACUUACGAGCAUUUCGUCCCUGUUGUUGAUAUUACCAAGAAAAAGCUUGGUGGCUGGGGCUAUGGAGACAAAUAG